CAGUAUUCAUGGUCUCCCUCUCAGCACUUCGAUGAAGAAAGCAACUCCCCUCCUCCACCCAGGAACAUGAAGGCUCUAUCGGGCGGGCGGCCCAGCCAGCUCCAGAUCACCUCGGCUCACACCUGCGGCCUGGCCGACUGCGAACACUCCCUGGACCACCAUGACUCCCGCACCCCCUCUUACCUCCUCAGCCCCACAGAGAGCUGUCCCAUGGAGCACCGUCGCUGCUCUCCCCAUAGCUCCAUCCACUCUGAGUGCAUGGCGAUGCCCGUCUCCGUCUCCAUGGCCAACACGGACCACUCCAUCUCCAGCAGCACCUUUCCCAGGAUGCAUUACAGUUCCCACCACGACGGCAGCGGGUCACGGGACAGUGGUGGUGGUGGAGGAGGUGGUGGGGGUGGAUCACGGGAUCGAGAUGAGUGUGGCUCGUCGCACGGCGGCAGCGGUAAGAUGAACAGAAUCCCGGCCAACCUGCUGGACCAGUUUGAGAAGCAACUUCCGUUACAUCGCGACGGCUUCCACACACUGCAGUACCAGAAGACGCACACCACCACCACGGAGCAGCGCAACGAGAGCCCCGGGAGGAUCCGACACCUGGUCCACUCUGUCCAGAAGCUCUUCACCAAGUCCCACUCCCUGGAGGGCUCGUCCAAGAUGAACGGCACCAAGGGGGACUCGCACCGGGAAGGCUCCCACCACCACCAUCCCAACCACCAUGGACACCACAAACACAGCAAGCGCAGCAAGAGCAAAGAGCGUAAGUCAUCAGACAGCAGUGGGAAGCAGCGCUCCGGGGUGGCGGGCUGGUGGAGCUCGGACGAUAACCUGGACAGUGACAGUACGUACCGGACGCCCAGCGUCAUGUCUCGCCAACAGGUGGACCACAUCAGCCACUGCUACCCCGACUCUGUCCACGGCCACUACGGGGACCUGUCGCUCAAGACCUCCAAGAGCAACAACGAUGUGAAGUGUUCCGCGUGUGAGAGCGUGGCCAUGGCUCCUGAAGGGAAGUUCAUGAAGAGGAGCUCCUGGUCAACGCUGACCGUCAGCCAGGCCAAGGAGGCCUACAGGAAGUCUUCCCUAAACCUGGAGAAACCCAUGACGCCCACAGACCUCAAGCCCAACCUCAGGCCCUGCCACUAUCUACAGGUACCUCAGGAUGAGUGGAGUGGUUACCCAGGGGGAGGUAAGGACGAUGAGAUCCCCUGUCGGAGGAUGAGGAGCAGCAGUUAUGUCAAAGCCAUGGGUGAUGAGGAGAGUGGAGAGUCUGACUCCAGCCCCAAGACCUCCCCCGUGAAGACAGUCCGGCCAGACGCCCUGGUCAAGUCUGUCAUGCAGAGACCACUCCUAGACUCCCAGAGUCAGAACUACCACUUGCAGGCCUCAAGAGACAUACACCCCCACCACCCCAGCAUGGCCCUGGAGCCCUCCACCAACUACAACUCCCAGCAGCCACCUCUCCCAGCAGCCCAGUUCCGCUCCAGGAACCAGAGCUACAUGCGGGCGGUCAGCACUCUCAGCCAGGCCAGCUGUGUUAGCCAGGUGAGUGAGACGGAUAUAAACGGUCAGUUUGAGUCAGUAUGUGAGUCGGUGUUCAGUGAGGUGGAAUCCCAGGCUGUGGAGGCUCUGGACCUGCCCGGCUGUUUCCGGACACGGAGCCACAGCUACCUGAGGGCCAUCCAGGCUGGCUACUCCCAGGAUGAUGACUGCAUCCCCACCUUGACCUCCUCCACUGUCACCUCCACCAUCAGGUCCACCACAGCGGUCACGUACACGAACAACUACAAGAAGACGACCCCUCCGCCGGUCCCACCCCGCUCCACCUCAGGCUCCAAGCCCCUCAUCUCCGUCACUGCCCAGAGCAGUACAGAGUCCACCCAGGACACGUACCAUGAGGGCAGGCACCCUCGAGGGUGGGGGGACGGGCUGGGUCUGAGCCUGGGCAGGGCCCUGUAUAACUCCACAGACAGCCUGGACAGUGCCAAGGCCGUGACCAUAGCCAUGGAGGCAGCUGGGCUGAGGUCUGGGAAGAGGCACCCGUCCACAGACCGUCACAGUCACAGCUCAGUGAUGACCUGUGAUAAAGCCAUCCUGGUGUCCAAGGCUGAGGAGUACCUCAAAACACCACGCUCCUCCAUAGGGAUACAGGUGGAAGCAGCCACCGACUCGGAGUCAGAAAGUAAAGGGUCGAAGGAAUACCAUUCUGUGGGGAUCCAGGUGGAAGCUGACAGACGAGGGCAGGGCAGGUUGAAGCGCUCCAACAGUGUAACAGCCUCUGUGCAGGCUGACAUGGAGAUGGAGGGGUUUCCCACCAUGGAGGACAAGGGCCUACAGUUUGGAGGGGGCUUCCUAGGGGGGCACUCUGAGCCCAGCACGCCCACCCAGUAUGGGGUGCGCACCGUCCGCACCCAGGGCCUCUUCAGCUACCGGGAGGACUACCGGACCCCUACGGAGCCCCCUUGCCCCCAGCAGACCUCCAACGAGACCACCUGGCAGCUAGAGCCCCCCUCCCCUAGGGAGCCAGCAGAGUCGUCUGGCGAGUCGGGCCGGACGUCCCCCGCCUUGCGGAGGGAUGGAAGCUGGUUCAUGCAGCUGCUCCACGCAGAGACCAAGAGGAUGGAGGGAUGGUGUAAAGAGAUGGAGGCAGAGGCGGAGGAGAAUGACCUCUCUGAGGACAUCCUAGGUAAAAUCAGGAGUGCGGUGGGCAGUGCUCAGCUCCUUAUGUCUCAGAAAUUCCAGCAGUUUUACUGGUUGUGUCAGCAGAACCUGGACCCCAGUGCCAUGCCCCGCCCCACCUCUCAGGACCUGGCUGGAUUCUGGGACCUCCUGCAGCUGUCAAUCGAUGACGUCACCGCCAAGUUUGACGAGCUGCAGCAGAUAAAGAACAACGACUGGAGGCCCGUUGAGAAGAGCCCAGAGAAAAGGUUACCACCUGUCGCACCAAAGAAGUCCAUGAUCGGGAAGAGAGGCGUGACACGGGAGAAGUCUCUUGACCUUCCAGACCGCCACCGCCUGGAAGCACGCAGGAGGCUGAUGCAGGCCAAGCGGGCGGCUUCCUUCCGUCAGAACUCGGUGUCAGAGAGAGCAGACAGCAUCGAGAUCUACAUCCCUGAGGCCCAGACUCGCCUUUGAGAGGACUGGGACAGGGGUCAAGGGUGAGGGGCGUCUCCCCCCUCAGACUACCCCUCAACUAGACUCUCCUUUAACUAGCCUUUUUUCUAGACUAUCUACUGUACACUUCCUUCCUUUAUCUGUCUCCUCAUGACUUCACUAUCAUCACCUUCGGAGUUCAUCUCCACUCCAGGCCUCACUGAGUAGGAUAUCACAAAACUCCUCUUCCAUCAACAGAUAUGUAUUAGUAGAUAUACACUGAGUAUACUAAACAUCAGGAACACUCCCCCUGCCGCUUUCGCCCUCAGAACAGCCUCAAUUCGUCGGGGCAUGGACUCUACAAGGUGUCGAAGUGUUCCACAGGGAUGCUGGCCCAUGUUGACUCCAAUGCUUCUCACAGUUGGCUGGAUGCCCUUUGGG